AUGGAUGAGGACAGAGUACCAGCUCUGUGCCAUACCCAGCCAACCAACACCGCUGUCCACUACCCACUCGACAAGCCCUUCCGUCUGUCAGCCAACCCUAUAAGAAACCUCUGUGCCACCCACAUGUCACCCUCCACUGUCCCCAUCCAGCCGCCGCCAACCAUUCAGCUGCCGCCCAACCCAUACCCCAGCUCUACACCCAUCCGCCUGCCCAACCAUACGCACCCGAUACCCCAGCUCUGUCCACCAACGCCCAUCACCACCCUACCCCGUCUGUCCCCAACCCAUUACCCCAGCCUCGCUUCGUCAUCCCAACCCAUACCCCAGCUCUUCACCAACCCAUACCCCAGCUCUGUCACCAACCAGACCCAGCUCUGUCACUCAACCCAACCCCACUCGUCACCAACCCCUAGCCCCAGCUCUGUCACCAACCCAUUACCCCAGCUCUGUCCCCCAUACCCCAGCUCUGCUCCACCCACCCCAGCUCUGUCCCCAACCCAUUACCCCAGCUCUGUCCCCCAACCCAUACCCCAGCUCUGUCACCCAACCCAUACCCCAGCUCUGUCCCCAACCCAUACCCCAGCUCUGUCCCCAAACCCAUACCCCAGCUCUGUCCCCAACCCAACCCCAGCUCUGUCCCCAACCCAUACCCCAGUCGUGUGUCCCCAACCCCAUACCCCAGCUCUGUCCCCAACCCAUACCCCACCUAUACCCCAGCUCCUGUCCCCCUCCCAUACCCCAGCUCUGUCCCCAUACCCCAGCUAUGUCCCCAACCCAUUUUCCAGUUAA